UCUGAAAUAUAUUUAUAUUGUUUUAUACAUCCUCCAUAAAAGAAGGGGUCCCCACUUCGAUUAUUUGCAGUUGCAGAUGUCGUAUUUAGCAGUUCUAUAACAGGAAAGUUAUCGCUUGUAGAAGUGAUCAUUACUAUCACAAGCAAGAGUUGAGACUUUUGGGGCACUGCGCGGGAAGCAGGAGCAGAAAUAAAGAAAACGCGAUUGCGAACGCUAACCAUAUAGCAAGAAAUUCAACAAUUGGUGUGGUUGUGGGCAUUCGCAAAAGUGAAGAGGAUGGCGGUUUCCGUACCCAGCGUUGACGUUUAUGUUGAUGGCGCUGUUGACUAUAAAGGCGAAGGCGUCAUCAGAUCCAAAUCUGGUUCUUGGAGAUCCGCUGGGUUUAUCAUAGGUGUGGAAGUGGCGGAGAGGAUUGCAUAUUAUGGGAUUCAGACGAACCUGAUAUCGUAUCUGACAGGACCACUCCAUCAGAAUACGGCCACCGCAGCUGAGAAUGUGAACCUUUGGUCGGGAACUGCUGCCUUGCUUCCUCUCGUUGGAGCUUUUCUCGCCGAUUCUCUUCUCGGACGCUACCGCACUAUAAUACUCGCUUCCUUCGUCUAUAUUUUGGGACUAGGAUUGUUGACACUAUCAGCUAUGCUUCCUUCUCUCAUCAAUUCUGAGUGCCAAGAUGGCAAUAAAUUAAAAUCAUGCUCUCCUCGGUUGCAAGUAACCUUGUUCUUUAUCUCACUUUAUUUGGUCGCAAUUGGACAAGGUGGACAUAAGCCCUGUGUUCAGGCUUUUGGAGCUGACCAAUUCGAUGAACGUCAUCCACAGGAGUACAAAGCUAGAAGCUCUUUCUUUAAUUGGUGGUAUUUUACUAUGUGUGCAGGUUGCAUGGCAACUCUUUGGAUCUUAAACUACAUACAGGACAACCUUAGUUGGGUUCUUGGAUUCGGAAUCCCAUGUGUUGCAAUGAUUAUUGCAUUGUUUGUUUUCUUGCUUGGAACAAUGACCUACAGGUUUAACAUUCAGGAGCGUCACAAGAGCCCCUUUCUCAGAAUUGGCCGUGUAUUUGUUGCAGCUAUAAGAAAUCGGCAAACUACCCAAUCAAGCACGGAACCUGGGGUAAUGCUUCCUAGUCAAAGUUCUGAUCAAUUCAACUUCCUCAACAAAGCAUUAUUAGCGCCAGAGGAUUCGAAAGAAGAGGAGAGUUGUGGGUGUAGCCUUAGUGAGGUGGAAGAAGCAAAAGCAGUGCUAAGGCUGGUUCCUAUAUGGGCUACAAAUCUGGUUUAUGCUAUCGUGUUUGCUCAAGUUCCUACCUUCUUUACCAAACAAGGGAGUACUAUGGAGAGAACAGUAUUUCCCGGUUUUGACAUACCCGCUGCUUCUCUUCAAACGCUUAACACUCUGGCCAUUGUUCUCUUCAGUCCCAUCUAUGACCGCCUAUUUGUGCCACUGGCAAGAUCUAUCACUGGGAAACCCUCAGGCAUCACAAUGCUGCAAAGAAUUGGGACUGGAAUUUUUAUAUCCAUAUUUACUGUAGUAUUUGCUGCCCUUGCUGAGAUGAAAAGAUUAAAAACAGCACAAGAGUCUGGUGUUGCUGAUGAACCUAAUGCAACUGUUCCAAUGAGUAUAUGGUGGUUGAUUCCCCAAUAUUUCUUGUUCGGAGUUUCUGAAGUUUUUACCAUGGUUGGUCUGCAGGAAUUUUUCUAUGAUCAGGUUCCAAAUGAAUUAAGAAGCAUGGGUCUUGCUCUCUACUUGUGUAUCUUUGGUGUAGGGAGCUUUCUAAGUGGCUUGCUCAUUUCUGUGAUAGAAGAAUUGACUGGCAAAGAUGGACAUGACAGUUGGUUUGCUAAUAAUCUCAAUAAGGCGCAUCUUGAUUACUUUUACUGGUUACUUGCUGGACUCAGUGUGAUUGGAUUGGCUCUCUUCGUUUGCUUUGCCAAAUCUUACGUAUAUAAUCACAAAGGGAACAGAUGAGGAUAGUCCUUAACUAAUCAGCUUUUUUUACUCUCAUAUUUUUCCAAAUAUAUGUGCGAUGUUCGUAAAGAUGGAUGUAGAUAACAGAAUAUCAAAAGCUUCAAAUAUUUUAUCCAAAUGUAUACUGACAAAGGAAAAGAUGGUAAGGAAUAAGGUAUCGUAGAUAAGUUAGUGAAAAAACAAGAUACGGUGUGUUUUAAAAGUUAUAGUAUUUAUAUUUUGAUAUUUUAAAUAUUUUAUAGGUUAAGGAUAUUAAAUUAUUAUAUAUUUAAAAUAGAUUUUUUGAAGUAAUUUAAACAAUUUAUAAUGAGUUUUUUUAUUUACAUGAAAUGCAACUUUAUUUCUUCAAAUUUACUAUUAUUUACCUGUUUUAAGUUUUUUUAUUUUGUUAGUUAGUUUGACACAAUGAUUUCAUGAUUGUGGUUGAAGUUUAAGGUUAAAAGAUUGAAAGGAAUACUAAAGUCAAGAAAUCAAAUAAAAUCAAGUAAUCCGCGUUUAGAAUAAUGUAUGAGAGCUUUGUCCAAUUCCUUCUUAUCUUACUUGAAUGUUACUUGUAACUCUUGAUUUCCCCUCUUAAAUAGCAUUCUAACCUAUUUUUUAAAUUUAACAACUCAAAUAAUCAUACUUUUUUUUGUAUUGUUACACUGAAUUGUGAUAUUUGUAAGUGAAAAUAAUUAAAUUUAAAAACUAAUAAUUGUUUCAAUUUUAUUAACAAUGAACAACUUGGCUAAAUCAGAAUAGAAGUGAUGAUCAAAGAAAUGUAGUUAAACGUUAAAAAAUACAGCAAAAUUAUUAUGAUAAAAAAUCAUCAUACAAAUUUUAUCAACUUUCGCUUAAGCGAUCUAUUUUUGCUUAAGCAAAAAAUUGUAGGAAAACUUUUAUUUGCACAAUUUGCUUAAAACUAUAUAAAAGUCGCUUAAACGACUAUGUACCCGCUUAAGCCAAUAUUACAUUCACUUAAGCGAUAUAUUAUUUUAAAACAAUAUUUAUUUAUUUUAACAUUUUUCCAUAAAUCUUUUACAAUCAACAUAUAAGACUUAAAUUCAAAUUAUUUUUUAGAAAAGAUGCAAACAUGUCAUAAGGUAUAAUAACGUUUUAUGUUGUUAAUUUAUAAGUCCGGGAUAUUAUUUAAUUGAAUUUUCCUUUUAAUUUUUCAUGUUUCCUAUGUCAUAUUGAUUGUUAAAUGGUUAAUCAUCUUACUUAUAAUAGUUAGGCAUGGUUUAAAUUUUGCAAUAAGUGUUCAAAAAUUAGUAAUAUAUGAAUAAAUAUAUGUAGAAUAACAUGAACAAUGAGCAACAAAUAGGUCUUUCCCAAAGUAAUUGCAUCAACAAAGGUAUCAUUAAAGUCACUUGAAUAGUAAUGCAAUUUUUUAACUUGAAUUUAAGUUUAAUUUGUUGAAGUGUUGUUAGCUUUUGUUUUAGGAAUCGGAAGAAAUUUUAUUAGAAUUAGAAGAUAAAGAUGAUUCUAAUUUUGAAGAUGGAGAUGAGGCUAAAGUUCAGGAAACUUUUGCACUAAUGAUGUAAAUAACAAUUAUAUAAAAGAUAAAUUGGCAAAAAGAGAUGACAAUGAUGUGGUAAUUAACGUUAAUAGCUUAGAAUACUUUCUUGGCAUGAAUCUUAAAAACUUUAACCUUACCAAAUAAAAAAUGUUCAUUCUAUAAGUUUAGAGAUGGCGUACUUUCCUUAUUUUAUAAUAGUAUGCAAGACUACAUGGUUUUGUUGUAAGGAAAUAAACAAUCCUUUGAAACAGUAAAUAUAAAAUUCUAUAGCAAACAUUCGUUUGUUAUAGGCAAUGAUUUCAUGUGAAGACUUCAACUAAUGAAUUUGUGAGUUUCAAAGUAGAUUUUUAACGAUGUGUGGUUGCAAAUUCUAUAUAUAACAUCUAUUCUAGUUGGUGGUUACUCACAUUUUUUAUUACCAUAAUCAUGAACUACUAGAUGAAUAGUUUUGUGGAAUAAUUCCAACAUAUUGGAAAUUGAGCUAGUCAAAUAUAAUACAGGUAAAACAACUUCAAGAAGGUUAGUAUAGUGCUCACCUUAUAUAUGGUUCCUUUGCUAUUCAAUCACGAGGAUAUGAAAAAAUAGGCUUUAGUAACAAAGAUAUA